UUUUUUUCCGGCGAAUUCCGAAUAGCUAAAAGCCGAAAAUGCUCUCUUCGUCUCUGUAGCCAGAUUUCCGAGUCUCCUCAAGACUAGGGUUUAUGGGCCAACGAACAAUUGCGAAGCUCCCAACUAUUUUCAUCUAACUUGGAAGCGCUCCCCUAAUCUCCUUACAUUUUCAUCGACAUGGUUGAAAGGAAGCUCUACAAAACCAGGCUAUGCGUGCUCUAUCAGAAAGGCCACUGCCACCGCCAAAGCUGCUCCUUUGCCCACGGCGACGCCGAGCUCCGCCGCUUCUCCGCUCCCUUCGAUGGAAGGCGGGACUAUCGAGGUGAUUUGAGAGAGAAGCUUGAUAGAAGGCGUUCUCCAGUGCAUAGAUACUCUCCUAAACGAGAUUCAAGUGGGAGACAUGCAUCCCAUGGUGACAGUCCUUCUGGGUCUCUCGGGAAAAGGAGAAAACACCAAAAGAGGCAGCAUCCAGAUGGCCCGAGUGACUUCUCUGGAAGUCUCCAAACAUCAAAUGGGACUGAAGAUCUCUUGAAGAACAAGAAGUGCAUAUCUGCUGAUUCUAAAGAUGCCCUUAAGAUAAGGCAAUUGCAAUCUGAAAUCAAGAUGCUGGAUGACCGCAAAAGAGAAUUGGAGGUUUACCUGGAAGAUAAAUCUCGAGAUGCAGACAAUCUGACCUUGAAAGUUCAAGAGCUUGAAAUGCAGUUGUUCAAGGAAAAAGAAGAAUGUAAAAGGAUUACAUCAAAAAUUAAGAAGUUCACUGAGGCACAUAAACGUCUCUCUCGUUUACAAGAUGAAGUCAAGAGGUCAGAUGCUCAACUUCAAAAGCUUGGUGAAAAACUUUGCUCAAAUGCUGGUGCAAGUGGAGAUGAUUUAAGCAUGAACAUAAUGACUGAUGGAGAAGCUGUAGGUAUUUUUCCUACUACCUAUGGUGGGAUGAAAAAGAACAUGUCCCCACAUAAGAAAAGGUCACGAGUGAGCUUGGGAGCUGUGGAAGCAUCAGAUCAAGGUAAUGCAUCAAAAGGAGGAGCUAGCAUGGAAAAGAUAAGAUUGGAAAAUCUAUCUCGAAGAAAUGUGCUUCAGAUUCAAUCUAGUAAUGACAAGAAAGCUAAAGCAGAUAUCAAUAGGAAAAAUGGUUAUCAGGUUACGGCAAAUGAAGACAGGCCUAAAAGGGGGAUAGAUCAUUCUACUAACACAACAUUGGUGGAAAAGCCCAAGGUUUUCUCGGAUGCCUGCCUUUUGUUGCCUCCAACAGGCUUGGCAGCUCAUGCAACAGAUGAAGAUGUUGAAAUUGUUGACAUGGAGGAAAAGCGUGAGAUGUUUGGAAAUUCUGCUGCAGUAUCUGGAAAGGAAGCUGUUUCUAAUGUCACAAAGUUCCCUUUUCUACCACCCCCACCACCGCCCCCGAUCUCUAAAGACGCAUAUCCACAGCUCAAGGGUGAAGACGAGAAUGUGGACAUAGAUGGGGUUGACGAAGAGACAGUGGAGGUGGAUAUUGUUUAACAUUUACUUCCCUAACUAUGAUACUCCAAGUUGUAGUAUUGGUAUAUAUUCUUGUGCAUCGUCUCAAUUUAGUAGGACUAGGAAGCCCCGAGCUACUAUACAAUUCUAGGUACAAUGAUUGGCACGGCAGGCUGGAGAAGGGGAAGGGAUAGAGUUCUGUAUAGCAGGUAUAUUAAUCCCUAACAAGUUUGCUAUGCUUCAUUUUGAGCACAAGGAUUUAUCCGCUUUCUGUAGUGUAUGGAAUUCUGAUGUCUCAUAUAUGCUUCGAUGAACUUCUAGUUACAAUCUGGUGAACAAUGCACACCAUUUUCGGAUUUUUCCCAUUUACUCUUUUGGUAUCUAUGAGUUCCUCUGUUCCAAA